UAUUCACUCUACGCCAUUCCAGUGGCAGGGAUACUCUCCAUCGCACCGCGCUUCUACGCCGCCUCUCUCGGCAAGUUCGACAACAAGAAUCCGCGCACCUACACACACGACACCGAAAGCGACCGGAGCCUUGACAAGGCCACCAAAGCAAGGAUCAUCCGCGCCGAAGGCGCCCUGCAAAACGGCUUUGAAAACCUCGGACUCUUUGCUGCGGCUGUUGUAAUUGGCAAUGUUGCGAAGCUGGGUAACUCGACCCUGAACACGCUCUCUGCGGCUUAUUUGGCGAGCAGGGUGACGUACAAUGGGCUGUAUAUUGCGGGGACGACGGAUACGCUUUCGACCUUGAGGAGUGUGAGCUUCCUGACUGGUGUUGGGUUUAUUUGGACAUUCUUCAUUAAGAGCGGGAAUGUGCUUAGGAACCAGCUGAAGAUUUUGAGUGGAAAGUGA